AUGCGUCUCCCUGUAGUAUACUGUCAAAAUAAAAAGAAGAAAACAAUGAAUGGUAGUGGUGAUCAUCACACAACAUCAUCCUCCUCCUCAUCAUCUUCUUCACCAUCAACAACAAUAGGAAUACGCGAUAAAAUUUUAACUCCAAAACGUGAACCUAUCGAACCGCGUGGUUAUAAUUCAGAUAUACCAUCCUAUUCAUCUUAUCUUCAACAGUAUUCACCUUCUCAAGAUACAUUUCAUGAUAUAUCAUAUCGAAGCAACAACAACAACAACAACAGCAAUAAUAAUAAUAACAGCAACAAUAAACGACGUUAUGACAAUGUUGAUUCUACCAUAAUGUCAGACUCAAUUAAUAAACGACAAUUAGCAACAAAAAAACAUUCACAAAAUGGAACAACCAAAAAUGUUACCGAUGAAUUAUUAUUUGAAAAUCGUUCAGAACAUGAUAUGACCAGUGACAAUCGUUCAAGUCCAAAAAUUUUAUUAAAUAAAUUAUCAAAUGGUUCAUCACCAAAUGAGUUUGUUACACCAUCAACUUCAACAUUGGGUAUUCCAAGACCGGCUACACCAAGUCGUUAUACGGCACCCGUUCAUAUUGAUGUUGGUGGCAGUAUUUAUACAUCAUCCCUAGAAACUCUCACUCGUUAUCCUGACAGUCGUCUAUCAAAACUAUUUAAUGGUCAAAUUCCAAUUGUUCUCGAUAGUUUAAAACAACAUUAUUUCAUUGAUAGAGACGGUAAAUUAUUUCGUUAUAUUUUAAAUUAUAUGCGAUGUGGAGCAUUAGCCAUUCCUGAACAAUUUAAUGAAUUACAAGCACUUUAUGAAGAAGCAAAAUAUUUUGAAUUAAAACAAUUGAUUACACUCAUUGAAGAGGAAUUAAAUAAAAAAAAACCAAAAAUUGUACCCAUGAAUGAUCUAUCAACAUUUAUUAAUCGUCGAAAAUUUUUACAACAUCAAAAACUUUUUAAACAACCAUCAACAUCAUCAACAAAUCUUGUUGAAGUUAUAUCAGUUAAUAUCAGUCCAGAAAAUGUUGAAAAUGUAAAAAUAAGUGGUCAAGUCAAUUUAAUCAAUGAUCUAUUUCCUGAAAUACAAUUAUCAUCAACAUCAUCAACAUCCCCACCUACUCAUACAUAUUUAGAUAAAAAUCAUUUUGUACGAUUUCCAUUAAAUGCUUUUGUUGAAUUAACAGCUCUAGAAAUAUUUCAACGUUUAUUUGAACAAAAUUUUUCUAUUGAAGCAGCAACAAGUGCAAAUAAUCUUGAUUGUUUACCAUUUAGUGAAUAUUUGUUAUCGAGAUGGAAAACAUCUUCAUCUACAUCCAGUCUACCUGUAUAUAAUCGAUUAUAA